AUGGUCUACAUUCUCCUCAUUUUCCUACUUAUCGGACAAUAUGCUGCUAUGAGCUCCGUACCGGCAGAAGGGAUCAGUUUGCCAGUAGCCGUACCGGCAGAAGGGAUCAGUUUGCCAGUAGCAGAGUCUUCCCUUCUGCCUGGAUGUCCAGUUCUGAUCAACGCAGGAUCAGACGCAGAAGAGGAUCCGUUCCCCCCGCCAUUUAAUACUCUGCCGUAUGAGAUGAAAGAACAGGAAGAUGACGACCUUGAGAAGGCCAAUUAUCAAAUCAAUCACGGUUUCAAGGCUCUCCAAGAUCAUCCGGGAAGACCCGCCGAACAUCGCACUAUCAGGUUCAGUACCGAUCAUCCCACUAUCAAGCGCGGUGCCGAGCAUCGCACUCUCGGGUACGGAAACCAAUAG